AAACCGCCAACCAUAGAACAGAUGGGCCUAAUCAUUCGGCUUCUUUGCGAUGAAAGAAAUCUAUGCAAUACCGAUGGUCGAAAAGCGUGGUUGGCCUGGCAGCACAUUGGUCUGUCUCACCUAUAUGUGUGACUAUGAGCGAGAGUUGUGUGCAUACCACGCUCAGACUUGUAUAGAUGGAGAGGAUGUUUGUGAGACCUUCGUUGAAGGAAGGCUUUCCGCUGCCGUAAGGAUUUGUUCCUUCUCUGCCGCGGAGAAAUUCGUAUCCAGAAUCUCCCCUCCCAUCGCCCUCUUCAAGUUCCCUCGGACUGAACAUUUGCUUAACCUCGGUGCCGUGACCGAUGACGAUCUAGUCGCAGACCUUUGAAAUCUCACCCUGAGUCCAAGCCGUUACCCCGUUGUAAUUACUGAGAAGAACCGUUCACACUGCGAGAACUCCGCAUUUCAACAACAGUUCAAGAAACUCUAUUUGUGGAC